AUGGGUACUUGUAGGUUUUUCAUUUUUUUAAAGUUCCUCCUCUCUACUCUUCCGUUCUAUCUCUCCAAUCCUCCCUCGGUCCAGAUCAUGCGCAAUCGCAGCUCCAGCAGCGACGGUUCUAUUUUCAGCCUCGACAGCCCAUCCACCUGGCGCGCAGACUCAUUCCCCAACAACGCCACCAUUCCGGCGCCCAGACACGUGACCUCAGAGACCAACGGCUGUGUCAUAGCCAACGGCGACCAGCUCUCGGUGGAAGCGGUGCCGUUGGUACAGAACGGAUCGGCUGUGCGCCACGAUGCUCCGAAUCCCUGUCCAAAGGGUGGCCCGACGGCGAUGGCAACCGUUGACGCCGGUUACGACAAUCCUAGCAACGGCCACGAGUUCGUCUCUGCGGGAGGCGUCCGCGUCACUUCGGCGAGCGACCAACUGACCGGGUCUGAUGGUGAUUCGCCCUGUCAACCUGUGUCGUGUCCGUCUGGUCUGAGGCCAGAUCAACCCUCAGACCAGCCGAACGGCGCCGACGGUGCCACCGUCGGGCUCAGAAGUGGCCUCUCGCGGUUUAGCGAAGCCGCCAACGUCACCGGCCCACCUGCAGGUGCUCUGAUGCCAUGUCAAAAUUUGGCUCUGUUGGCCAAGGACUACGUGGAGUCCCUUCACCAAAACACCAAGUCGACGCUGAUCUUCGGCAAGAACAACGUUCUCGUGCAAACGGUGAGCCGGCGUCUUGUCGAGGAUGGCAUAUCGCCAAGUCAGCCCAGUCCGAUUGAGGGAGAUUGA